GGUGGUUAAAUGGCAGUGAGAUUCAGUGUCAGAGGUCAUCACGGAAACAGCAUCUGAGUUCCAUGUGUCCUAUGGGUUCCACAGAUAAAACACCUCAUAAAGUGUGUGGCUCUUCUCAUAGUGUAACCAGACGAUAUAAAUAUAUGGAACAUAACAGUGAUUUUAGUUUGGAGAAGGAUCUGAAAGUGCUUCUGGAAACUCAAGAGAUUGAGAGAAUGUACAAAGCGGAUGAGUGUAAAACAGUUUCCACAUUCCAUUUUCAAAAACACUGGAAAGAUUACAUUGAUGAGAAAUUAAGGAGGGGGGACCAUCCUCUGGAUGUUGAUAAAUGUUCCAGAAUAUUUGAAGGAAGUAAAAUGAAGGAGAAAUGCAAAGAUAGUUUGAAAACACAUCAAAAAGCAAAUGCUAAGGGGAAAUUAUUUCAGUGUGCCACAUGUGGCAAGUGUUUCAUAAGGAUGAGUAGCCUUAUCCAACAUAAGAAAGUCCACGCUGGCAUCAGUCCAUUUAAGUGUGCCAAGUGUAACAAGUGCUUUUCACAUAAGUUUUCCCUCACCAUCCACAAAAGAACUCACACAGGGGAGAGACCAUAUAAAUGUGUAACAUGUGACAAAGCUUUUACAAAGAAAAGCAGCCUUACAGCCCAUGAACAAAUACACACUGGAAUUAAACCAUUUAAAUGUGUCACUUGUGGUAAGAGAUUUCUAGACAAACCCAAGCUUCAGAGACAUAUUAAUUCUCACACAGGGGUGAAGCCAUAUAAGUGUGCAAUAUGUAAUAAAAUUUUGGACAGAAAGCUGCCCUUACAGUUCAUGAGAGAAUCCACACUGGAACUAGGCCCUAUAAAUGUGCCACAUGUGGCAAGAGCUUCAUACAGAAGAAUGGCCUUAUGA